AAACACGAAGAAGUACCGGAAAAGGCGGGGCUUCGAUAAUAACACAAACACAACUUUAAACUGAGAAGCAUGCUAACCGCGAGAAAAAAAAUAAAAUAACAUAUUUUGUCAUUACUUUUGGUUACAUGACAUACGUUUGUGUAAAGUUGGACCACUUAAGUGCUAAUUCGUUACUGGGUAGGUGGCAAACUGUCUGCUUUAAAAGGAAAUUUAACUAACUUAAGCUAGCCCUAGUAGCUAAUAACCCGCAGUGAAACUUUGGCUUAAUUUUUGAAACACUGACAAAGAACAAUGUCGGAGCUAAGCGACGAGGCGAGCGAGUCCGAGCAGCUGGGAGUGAGUCUGUCCCUGUGGCUGGGGGAGUCCCUGGUGAUCGCCGAGGACCUGAACGUCCCUCUGGACCUGCACACCGCCUGCUCCAUCGGACAGUACGACGUGGUGGCAGAAUGCAUCAAAAGGCGAGAAGUGGACCUGAACGGAAAGAACGUGGGAGGAUGGACGCCCCUGAUGUACGCUUCGUACAUUGGCCACGACAACAUCGCCAACCUCCUGCUGGAGGCCGGCGUGAGCGUCAAUGCCACCACUGCCAAAGGACAGACGCCCCUGAUGCUUGCCGCCAGCUGCGGGAAUGAAAGCAUCGCCUAUUUUCUACUCCAACAAGGUGCUGAGUUGGAGGUGAAAGACUGUCGGGGUUGGACAGCUUUGUUCCAUUGUACCAGCGCAGGUCACCAGCAGAUGGUUAAGUUUCUGCUCGAUAAUAACGCCAAUGCUAACGUAAGGGAGCCUGGCUCUGGAUUUACCCCCCUGAUGGAGGCUGCCGCUUCCGGACACGAAAUCAUCGUUCAGUACCUGCUCGAUCAUAAGGUGAAAGCAGAUGAGCGCAAUGCCAAAGGAGAGACGGCCCGAGCCCUCGCCAUGUUGUACGGCUACACAAAAAUAGCCAGCCUCAUCGACUCGCGCUCUCCGAAGAACAAAUGUGAACACUUUGGAGACCUCAGCUCCUCGGAGGAUUCGGACAGCGCCCCGCCGAGGCCGCGAGCCAGCCGCAGCCGAGCCAAAGGCGUCAGCAUCCACGACGGGCCCCAGGCCAUCGCCAAGUUCCGAGUCGGAGGCGCCGGCCGUACUGGCAGACCGAGCGAGCCUCGCGUGGCCGGCCAAGGCGACGCGACGUGCGGGAAUCUUAGCGACCGGAGCGACGGCAUGCGCUACCGCGACGUGACUUCGCCCAUCAACGACCUGGACGGGCAGAGCAACAGCAGCAGGGACGAGAGCCCAUUUUUUGACAACGACAUGCCAACCAUGAGGAGCAGCAGUAGCAGCAGCGAAUGUUUGCCUCACGUGAUCGGCUGGGAUGGCUCCGUGGAGAGCAACGAGGACUCUGACCCGGGCAAAAAGAGCAGCUCGAGGCGAGUAACAAAAGCUCAUUACUCCAAAGGGAAAACCCGCCACGGUGGCAACGAUGCCGCUCACGGCGGAGCUUCAGGCACAUGCUCGCAUGUUGCGGCAUCCUACAGUGGGCCAAAGGAUCUGGCAGAAUUCUUGGAACAACUCGGCUUUUCCAAGUACCUACCUUUACUUGAGGAGCAAGACAUCGAUCUACGCAUUUUUCUCACCCUGACGGAGAAUGACCUGAAGGAAAUUGGCAUCACGUUAUUUGGGCCGAAGCGCAAAAUGACCUCAGCUAUAGCGAGAUGGCACAGCAGCGCCCGACCUCCUAGCGACGCACUGGAGCAGUCUUACGCUGACCAGCUGGAGGCCGAGAUGCAGGAGAUGGCCAUCCAGCUGCACAAACGCUGCGAGGAAGUGGAGGUCCUGCAGAGUCAGGUGGCCCAAGAAAAGGAGCUGCGCGCCGUGAUGGAGGGAUGCCUGAUGGAGGACAAGAUGGCCUGGAGGAGGGUGCACGGCGAGCUGGUGGAGAACCACCGGCUGACCCAGGACAUGAGCGCCACCUUGACCAAGGUCCGAGCGUGUCGCUCGGAACUGCUCGCCUUGUUGAACGGUGCUAAAGGUGACGCAGUUGCCGGGUUUCCGCCAGACUCUGGCGCAUCCGAGCUGGUGAAGAAUGUCAACAUGUACGAAGAGGAACUAGCCGACACCUUGCAAACCGUGCUUCAGAGUCUGCGGCGACUGAGCGCUCCUGAAAAAGUAUCUGACAGUUGGGAAAGGCCGUAAUCUUUCCAGUGGCUUUGUGCAGCAACGACGGAGGGUAAGAUGACCACCCUAAACGAUGUCAAGGGAAACCAGGCCAGACGCGGAUGGGCCGGAGCUCGCCAGACGUGGUCGAUGCCCGAGGGGCUCCAUGACAAGCAGGCAAGAGGCGAAGGGUGGGGGGACCCGUGACCCUCACAUGCUUGUGCUCGUGCGUGGUUCUCAACCGUGGAGGACAUGCGGCAAUGCUGUCGAGCGACACCAAGCGAGGGAUAUUGCCCUCAGCUCCACACAGCUUUACUCUUUAAUCCACCCAACAAGGAGUAAGUGCAAGGUUGUUUUUUUUUUUUUUUUUUUUUGUUUUUUUUAACUAAACUUGGAUAAUUCAGCUCUUUUUUCCAUUUAAUAAUGACCUGAUUAUAUAUGUGAAAAAUAAACCAAAAUGAGUAAAUUAAUCAAUUUGAUUAAAUAAACACCUCAACAAAAACUACAGCGAUAUUAGUAAAAUAACAAUUUUAAAAGUCAAUUUUGUGGUUUUGUAAAUGUCCUGCUGAAUGUUUUCUUUGAUAAAAAUCAAAUUGUUUCAUCAUUGUGA